CAACUACAACCUCGUUGUUCUUUACUACCUAAUUAAUUUUAGUCACUCUUUCAAAACACAAACCACCCAACCUUCAAAAUGAAGUACACUUUCGCUACCAUUGCUGCCUUCGCCUCCGUGGCCCUGGCUCAGCCCGCUUUCCUCAACAGCAAGUUCGACGUCCAGGAGGGCAAGCCUUUCACCAUCAAGUACUCCGGCUGCGAGGGUGGCUGCACCAUCACCCUCCAGAACGGCAAGUCCACUGACACCAAGGAUGUUGAGGUCCUGACUGCCACCGCUGAGGGCGACUCUUUCACCUUCACCCCCGGCAACCUGCCUUCCGACACCUACAACUUCAAGAUUAAGAACAACGAGGACGGUACCAUCAACUACUCCGGACAGUUCGCCUACGAGGGCACUGGCACCCUUCCCUCCAAGACCGAGGCCGAGACCUCUGCCGCUGAGACCUCCGCUGCUGAGACCACCUCUGCUGAGGAGACUUCUGCCCCCGCUACCACCGAGGCCACCACCCUCACCACUGUUUCCAAGCCUCUUAUCUCUACCAAGGAGAAGACCACCACCGAGGAGCACACCACCAUCCACACUCCCAUUGCCACUAAGAAUGCUACCACUCCCAUCCCUACCACCAAGAAGGCCACCUCCACCGGUGCCAGCUCUACUGGGGGAUCAGAGUCCACUGCUGCUGAGACCUCGGCUGCUGCCACUGGCAGUGCCACCACUGUCCCUGAGAGCGGUGCCGCUCGCAUGACCUCAUCCCUGGCUCUGAUUGCCGGUGCCGUUAUGGCCAUGGUUUAUCUGAACUAAGAUAUGGGCAUGAUGUUUAUGCAUUAGCGCAAGGGAGAAGAGCGGGUUGAUGAGUUUCGACUUUCGGUGUAUAAUCUUCUUUAAUGAUGCCUCCUUUGAUUUCUUUUCGGUUACCCCACGAGGCGUCUGCGGCCGGCGGUUCCCCUGAAGAAGCCGCCUGUGGCGGCUUCUCUGAGUGUUAUGAGCGCCAGGUAUUUUAGAACUCAAUUGGA